AUGGUCAAUAACCAACAGACCAACAUGAUUGAACAAGAGACCAACACCCAGAAGGAGUCUCACUUCAGGAAUGAAUGGUGGAUCUCUAAUAUAUCUAGAGAUGUCAUAAGGACUAUUAGAAGGUCGAGUUCAGUGCAUGCAGACCUCCAAGAUCAUAUUCCUCUUGUCAAUGAUGUAUCGAGCUCUGUUUUUUACAGGACAGUAGGAUUUGUCCCCCAAAACCGAGCUCUGAAGCCAUGGAUGAUUACCCUUCUUGUCGUCUUAUCACUGACCGCGAUGGGGGUGACCAUUGGUCUUCUGGCUCACUUCUCAGUUUCUGGCGACAAAAUGGAAUAUUAUCGUGGAACCUUCACAAUCUCAGAUCUCCACAUCAACGUCAACUCUGGAAAAAAGAUCACCUACCUAUUUAAGGACCUACAGGAGAUGAGUGAAAAUUUGGUGGAUGAGAUAUUUAUUGAUUCAGCCUUAAACAAGCACUAUGUCAAGAACCAAGUAGUGAGACUGAUUCCAGAGGGAGAUAGUGUGACAGCAGACCUCAUCAUGGUAUUCCAGUUCCCAUCCACUGGGCAGCGGACAGUAAGAGAGAAAGAAAUUCAUAGCAUCUUAAAUCGGCAGAUAAGGAAUAAAAGAGCCCUGCCAAUAAAUGUUUCAUCGGUUCAAGUUAAUGCAAUGAGCUCAUCAACAGGAAAGCUAAUUUUCCAAGCAUGUUGCGGUAAACGAGCUGUACCACUAACAGUCAACAGAAUAAUGUCUGGAGAACUUGCACCCAAGGGUGCCUGGCCUUGGCAAGCUUCCCUUCAGCGCAAUAACAUCCAUCAGUGUGGGGCCACCUUGAUUAGUAACACCUGGCUCAUCACCGCGGCUCACUGCUUUAAAAAUAGUGUGAAUCCACGCCAGUGGACUGUUAGUUUCGGAACAACAAUAAGCCCUCCCUUAAUGAGAAGAAAUGUCAAAAGGAUCGUCGUGCACGAGAGGUACCGCUCCCCGGCAAGGGAGUACGACGUCGCUGUAGUCCAGCUCGCCUCCAAAGUCGCCUUCUCCGACGAAGUGCGCCGCAUCUGCCUGCCCGCGGCCUCCGCGUCCUUCCGGCCGAACUCGACCGUGUACAUCACGGGGUUCGGGGCGCUGUACUACGGCGGGGAAUCCCAAAACAAUCUCCGAGAAGCCAGAGUACAGCUCAUCAGCAAGGACAUCUGUAGGCAGCCAUAUGUGUACGGCAGCGACAUCAAGUCUGGGAUGUUCUGUGCUGGGUUUCUGGAAGGCAUCUAUGACGCAUGCAGGGGUGACUCUGGGGGACCAUUAGUUAUAAGCGAUCUCACAGAUACCUGGUAUCUCAUUGGAAUCGUGAGCUGGGGAGAUAACUGCGGUCAGAAGAACAAACCUGGAGUCUACACAGAAGUCACUUAUUACCGACGCUGGAUUGCUUCAAAAACAGGCCUCUAACUCAUCAGAAAAGGUGGAAAGAGCUGCGUGCAGGUCCCACAGGCAUGGAACCCCGA